ACGACCAGCUGGCCAUGGCCCGCUCAGCGGCAGCUCCCGUUGAAUCGUCCAACUUCCGAGGUCAAACCCCCGUCCAACCAUGGCGAGAGCCCGGAGGGAGGGAAUACAUAUACGCCUCCCCCUCAGAUCCACAUGCCGCAAUUCUCGUGCUCACUGCCCACCCAGCUCAUCUCAUCUCAUCUCACCCAUCUCUCCCUCCAUCGUCUAGAAGCUUCUCGAAGGCGCUAUACAGUCCCCUUCUCCCGCCAUGGGCAACGGGCUGUCUCCGUGCGUGAGCAUGCCGGCGGUCGCUGAGGCGCCCGCGGCGGCCAGGCUGGUGUACUGGGGCGGGCGGACGAGGGCGCUGCCGGUCUCCGACGACGAGGAGGGCGAGGGCGAGGGCAGCGGUGGCCUCCCCUGCACGGCAGCGGACGUGACGGCCGAGCUGCUCCCGGCGGACCACGUGGUCUGCCCGGCCGACUCCUUCUUCGUCGGCCUCCCGGUCCCCGUCGCGUCGCCGGGGGAGCGGCUGCUGCCCGGCCGGACCUACUUCGUGCUCCCCCGGCGCCUCCUCUCCUCCCCCUCCCCCGGCGGCAAGGCGGCCGUGCUCACCGCGGCCACGCUCGCGUCGCUGUCGGCCGCGCCGGGGGGCAGGAAGACGGUGCAGCUCGCCGGCCCCGGCCAGUGCCCGUUCGAGUACGUCAAGGGCGGCGAGGACGGCGCCGCGGCGCUCAUCCGGGUCCUGCCGCAGUUCAUCGAGAAGGUCAUCACCUGCGACGGCGGCAACGGCAACGGCGACGCUGCCGGCCGGCGCGGGUCGGGCAAGGUGGCUGCGUCCGCGACGGAGCUGUGCAGCACGCCGGAGCUGAAGCGGCACUACGCGCAGCUCGUCGGCGCGAAGGACCGGUCGUGGUCGCCGAGGCUGGAGACCAUCUCCGAGCGCAGCAAGAGGAGGAUCUUCCCGUCGCCGGCCAGGCUGCUGCUGUCUUCGCAAUAAUAUAAUUAGCUAAUGAGCUUAGAUCGUUUUGGAUUAGAGAUUAAUGGAGAUUAAUUAGGUAGGGAACACAGAGUUCGAUUUUACUUGUACAAUAGGUGGAACUGAAAUACAAAUGCACAAAUUUGUCGAAAA